AGCUGUGAUUCGGACUGGCUGCACUGACGUGGGGCUAUUUAAGGGAGAGCGGGCUCCCAGCUCUCUCUCUCUCUCACACACAGACACACACAGACACAGAGAGAGAGAGAGCUGGGGAAUGAGAACGGGCUGGAUGUGCUCCUGCAGCCCAGCAUGAACAGCUCAGAGAGUGAGCAGGAGCAGGAGCCCCUGGGCUCGGUGCAGUGGUGGCUACUCGCCGUCCUCUUCACUGCCCUGGUCCUGGGCACGGUGCUGGGCAACCUGCUGGUGAUUGUGGCGAUAGCCCGCAAGCCGCGGCUGCAGACCGUGCCCAAUGUGCUGGUGAGCUCGCUGGCGUGUGCCGACCUGGUGAUGGGUUUGCUGGUGGUGCCUCUGGGGGCUGUGCUGGUGCUGAGGGGGAGCUGGCCGCUCGGGUCGCCCGCCUGCGAGCUCUGGAGCUCCCUGGACGUACUGAGCGUGACGGCGAGCAUCGAUACCCUGUGUGUGAUCGCCGUGGACCGGUACGUGGCAGUCUGCUGUCCCCUCCGUUACCACCGCUUCCUGAGCAAAGGUCGCUGCCGCCUGAUGGUGUGUGCUCUGUGGCUGGUCGCUGCUUUGCUCUCCUUCCCCCCGAUCAUGAACCGCUGGUGGGAAGCGGACGAUCCGGCUGCUCAGCGCUGUUACCGGCGGCCGGACUGCUGUGACUUCCUGACCAACCGGAGCUACGCGGCAGUGUCCUCGGUGGUCUCCUUCUACCUGCCCCUGGGGGUCAUGGUGCUGCUGUACUCCAGGGUGUUCCUGGAGGCAAGCAGACAGAGCAGCAAAGCGCGGACCUCCUCACGCCGCGGUCCCAGUCACCUCCUCCCUGUGCGGGAACACCGAGCUCUCAAGACCCUGGGGCUGAUCAUGGGUGCCUUCACCGGCUGCUGGGCUCCCUUCUUCCUGGUGAACAUGGCUCACGCACUGGGCACCCAGCGCCCACCCCGCUGGCUCCUGCUCUGCUCCAACUGGCUGGGCUACAUCAACUCGGCACUCAACCCACUUAUUUACUGCCGCAGUCCGGACUACAGGCAGGCUUUCCGGGAGCUGCUGCUGCUGCUGCCACCGCCAUCCACCUUCUCCCUGUCCUCCAGGGCCCGAGAGGCAGCCACUACCCUGCCGCCAGCACGCACCGCCCAGGGAGCCAGCAGCUGAUCGACAGAGCGAGUGGCCUGCAGGGGGCUGGGGGGAGGAGGGAUAAUGAUAGGGGAGUGGGUGGGUGACACUGCCCGGGGGGAGGGGGGGCACUGUGCCCAGUUCAAUGCCACUCCCCAUCACACACUUACCCCCCCCCCGACCAAACUGUGGUGGGGAGGGGGUGCAGGAGAGGGUGAGGACCCUCCCAGCCCAGUGGGGUGAGCAGGACAGACUCAGAGAGACCAGAGA